AAAAAUUAAAGACAAAAUGGGAAAAACUAGUUUAAGAUAAAUGCAUUUAUUACUGUUUUUUAAAAGUUAUGCUUUUUGCGGCAAAAAGGAGAGAUAUAAACUGCAUGUAUAAUUUGGACUGGUUCCCACUCAACAUUCCAAACAAUGACUCCGGGCCCAGAAAAUCUCCUCCGCCGUCCUGUCACCACGCCAAAAUGCACCCUUGGCUGCCAGGUACUCGACCGCUGCCUCGCCGGCGGCAUACCCUGCAACUCCAUAACCGAACUCUUCGCCGAGAGCGGUUGCGGCAAGACCCAGCUCUGCCUUCAAUUGGCUCUCUCCGCUCAGCUCCCGAUCUCCCUCGGCGGCCUCUCCGCCUCUUCUCUCUACAUCCACACCGAAUUCCCUUUUCCCUCUCGCCGCCUCCACCAACUCUCCCACGCCUUCCGGUCUUCACACCCCGCAAUUUUCAACAGUGAUCCUUGCGAUUCUAUAUUUGUUCGCGCUGUACAUUCUGUGGACCAACUGCUCGAUAUAUUGCCUAAGAUGGAGUCGUUUCUAUCCGACCUGAAAACCCAGUUGCCGGUUAAGCUUAUUGUGAUUGAUUCGAUAGCGGCGCUUUUUCGUUCCGAGUUUGAGAACACCCCGGCUGAGCUUAAGCGGAGGUCCUCGCUGUUUUUCAAGAUUUCUGGGAAAUUGAAGUUGUUGGCGAAGAGGUUCGGUCUGGCGGUUGUGGUGACGAACCAGAUAGUGGAUUUGGUGGUGCCUGAGGGGGUAAAUGGGCUGAGGGUUGGGAAUUUGGCUCGCUUGUAUUCGUCGGGGAGACGGGUUUGUCCCGCCUUGGGACUAGCGUGGGCGAAUUGUGUGAAUUCAAGGUUGUUCUUGUCGAGGAAUGAGGAGGUUGAGAAAGAAGAGAACGGCUUGGCGGAUUCGAAUCAUCUGUGUACGCGAACAAGGCGGCAACUUCAUGUUGUUUUCGCGCCUCAUUUGCCGGCGGCUUCUUGUGAGUUUGUGAUCACAAGAGAAGGGGUUUUUGGAGUUGAAUGAUACCAAACAGCUUCUUACACGUGUAGUUUAUGCAUGGGUUUCUGUUCAGUUAUUGAAGUGCUUUGAUCAUUUUUCAUGAGUUGCUCGAGGGUGGUUACUGAUUCCAGCAGAGGUGAUUUUGCUGAGAUUAUUUAAUCAUGUGUAAAUUUUGGUGUUGUAUAAUUUGUAUGGCAAGAAAUUAUUGUUCGGUCAAUUGAAUAGUUCAAUUCUCUUUUGCUUUGUUGAUAUUGUUCAUUUUACC